AUGAACAUAGAUUCAAAUAUUAUAAAAAAUGAAAAUCUAAUUAAUGCUAACAAUCAUACAGAUAGAAGAGAUGUACAUGAUAGUUUAGCAGAAGCACCAGAGAAAAUAACAGAAUUAAAAAAAAACCAUUGGGAAGAAUUAUUACCUUCAUCAUCAAAUUGGUAUUGCACAUCAGUUGCAGAUUGUAAUGAAAAUCAAAUAUAUAUAUAUGCAUGCAAAUCAAAUGUUUCAAUAUUUAAUAUUAAAUCAAAAAAAUUUAUUGGUGAAUUAAAUGGACACACAGAUAGGGUAACAUCUGUUGGAUUUUUCAAGAGAUUUGAAAGUAAAAAUGAUGAGAGUUAUAAAUGGUGUAUAACAGGUUCAGAUGAUAAAACUGUCAGAAUAUGGAAAUUCAAUUCAAACGAUGAUGAUCAUAAUGAAGACACUGAAAUUGGUGAUGACUUUAAACAUGGUAGUGGUGGUGGUGGUAGUGAUGGUGGUGGUGGUGAUGAUGUAAAUAAUUUUUAUGGAAAUAAAAGUAGUAACUUUUGUAUUUAUUAUCACCAAGAACAUAAAGCUGGUGUCACAUGUGUAGUUGCAUCACCAUUAGUUCCAGAUUUAGUACUAUCAGGUGAUAAGGCUGGUGCAUUAGUAAUUUAUAGAACAUUAACCAAUCAUGUAUUCCCAAUACCACCGAUAAUUGGAAAUAAUAUAUCAAUUUCAACAUUAGCAUUCUCACCGAAUCAUUCAGAUUUAGUUGCAAUUGGUUAUUUAAAUGGUAUAGUUUUAAUUUAUAAUUUUGUCAUUAGAUCAACUGUUUGUAAAAUUUCUGCUCAUUCCGCAGACGUUUUAUCAAUAGUUUGGUUCGAUUCAACUAUUAUUCAAAAAAAUAAUAUUUUUCAUGAUAAUAAUAUUAAUGAUCAAGACGAUAAUAAUAGUAAUCACAGAAAUAGAAUUUUUUUAGCAACAUGCUCAAAAGAUAAAGCAAUUAAAAUUUGGAAACAGGUUGGCGAAAAGAUUGAAAGUGGAUUUACAAAUAUUUAUCAAUUUAAUCCAUCCAAAUAUUCAAUUCAGCAUAGUAGUAGUAGUGGUGGUGGUGGUAUAAAUCAAAAUGAUAAACAACGUGUUUGGUUAACAUUAUCAUGGUCACCAGAGUCACCACAAUAUUUAUUAUCAAAUUCACUAACAGCUGAUGUAUUAAUAUGGGAUUUAAUAAAUUUUAAAUCACCACCUGAAAAAUUUCAAUCAAGUCAUCAAAGAUUAAUUUUUAAUAUUACUCAAAUACCAAACAGUGAUGGUUCUUUAGCAAAAACGACAGCAACAACAGAAACAACAACAAAAAACAAAAUAAAAAAUAAAGAUAAAAAACAAUCACAAAUUAAAUUAAAUAAUAAGGUUAUAACAGUUUCAUUAGAUAGACAAAUAAUAAUUUGGGAGAAUUUAAAAGCAAAGAUUAAAAUUCAAGGAUUAGGUGGAUUUGUUUAUAGUAUUGAUACUUGUUCUUAUUCACCAAAUACUUUUGCAAUUGGUUGUGGUGAUAAUACCAUUAGACUUUGGUCACCAACAGAGAAUUCUAAAGAUGCUUAUGAAUCUAAAACCCUUUGGAAAGGUAUACAAUCAAAGGUAACAUCUCUAUCAAUUUGUAAAGAUUAUGGUUUUUCAAAUUCAAAUUUAAUAGCAUUUGGUAUGGAUGAUGGUAGAGUUGGUGUUUAUAAUAUAAAUACAAAUCAAUCAAAAAUAUUUCCAGGUGGUCAUAAAAAUGAAAUUUAUGAAAUAAUUUGGAAACCACCACCAACCCCAACACCUCAAAAAAAUAUUAAUAAUAAUAAUAAUAAUAAUAAUAAUAAUAAUAAUAAUAAUAAUAAUAAUAAUAAUAAUAAUAAUAAUAAUAACAAUAAUAAUAAUAAUAAUAAUAAUAAUAAUAAUAUUAAUAAUAAUAAUAAUAAUAAUAGUAAUAAUGAACAGCAACCAAAUAAAUUAUAUUCAAUUGGUAAUAAUGAAAUUUAUGAAUGGGAUUAUAAUGAUUUUAAUAAAAGCUUUACAAAUAUGACACCAAUUAUUCAACAAUUAAAUCCAAAAGAAACAUUUAGUAAACAUAAAACUGAUAUUAAUUUCAAUUUAAAUGGUGAUAUGAUUUCAAUUGGUUAUUCAGAUGGUACAAUCGAUAUUUUCACUUCAGAAUUUCUUUUCUUAACUAGAAUAAGAGAACAUAAAAAACUAAUCAAUCGAGUUCAGUGGAAUCACUUUAAAGAGAAUGAAAUGAUUUUAGCUUCUGCUUCAACUGAUAAAAAAGUUAUAAUUUAUAAAUUAUCAAAAAUUGGAAAUCAAAAUGAAAAUGAAAAAAAAAUUGAUAAUGAAAAAGGAAAAGAAAAUGAAAAUGAAAAAGGAAAAGAAAAUGAAAAUGAAAAUGAAAAUGAAAAUGAAAAUGAAAAUGAAAAUGAAAAUGAAAAUGAAAUAGAAAAUAUAGUUAAUAAUAAUAAUGAAAAUGAUACAGAAAUAGAAAUAAAAAAUAUUAAUAAAAACGAAAAUGUGGAUAAAGAAGAGAUGGUUGAAAAUAAUAAUAAUAAUAAUAUAAAAUAUAAGAUUGAAAUUUUACAUCAAUUUAUUGGUCAUAAAAAUAAUGUUUGUAGUGUUAGUUGGUCAAAUGUAGAUCCAAAUUUAUUAGGAUCAGCAUCUGCUGAUGGUACAGUUCAAGUUUGGAAUAUUAAAUCAAAAGAAGCCAUUUCAAAUAUGAGAGGUCAUGAUGGUAGAGUAUUUACAGUUUGUUGGAGUUUACUUGAUCCAAAUUUAUUAGUAUCAGGUGGUGAAGAUCAAACAGUUAGACUUUGGAAUUAUUCAACUCAACCAUUUAAAACAGUAACUGAAUCACAAAUUAAAAAAUCGCCACAACCUGAGCUUUCAAUUUCUUUAAAUAAAAAAAUAACAGAACAACAGCAACAACAACAACAACCUCAAUCACCUAUUAAAAGCAAUCCUGAUCAAUCAAAUAAUCCUUCUUUAGUACCUCCAAUAUUGUUAACAUCAGUAACCUCAACAUCAAAUACCACAGCAACAGCAACAACUAUAACACAAAUUACAGAAUCAUUGCCAAAGAAAAGACCAAUAUUCCUUUUAAAUAAGGAUAUUGUACAAAGACAAGAUAGUUCACAAUACGUUGUUCCACUUGCAAAAUAUUUUACAACGAACGAUCAAGAUUCCAUCAAUACCAAUGAAACAAAACAAGAAUAUGAAUUUGGUAGUAAUAGUGAAAAUAAUAAUUCAAAAAUUGAAGCAAUAUUUUCAGAGAAAAAGGAAAUUAUUAAUAAAUUAGUUCAAAAGGAAUCAUUAGAGUUAUUAAAGAUUGAUGAUGUUGAAAAUUAUAUUUCAUUAAAUAGUUGGAAUCCUGCAAAUUUAAAACAAGCACUUUAUCAAGUAAUAAAGAAUGGUAAAUUAACAGGUAACAUUGUAUCAUUGAGUAUUCAAGCAGGAAGAGAAAUAUUUGAAUCAAUUUGUAAUCUUUAUUCACAACAAUUGAUUUGUAUCGGUGAUUAUCAUUUAGCCGUAUCAUAUCUAUUAAUGAUUGGUAAAGUCAAUGAAGCCAUUGAAGUCUAUAGAAAUACUCUCCUAUUUCAAGAGGCAAUCAUUUUAGCAAAAUCAAGAUUCCUACCAGAUGAUCCAAUCAUUAAUAAACUCUUUACAGAAUGGGCAAAACAAACUGAAACUUCUCAUCCAAUUCAUAGUAUAAAAUGUUAUUUAGCAACAAUUAAUGAUCAAUCUUUAAAUUCAAAACAAGAAUUAUUAAAAUUACUCUCUUCUGUUCAAACAAAACAAAUUAUAAAAAUUCAAUCAGAUUUAGAACAAAUUUUAAAAUAA